UUUUUUUUUUCUUUUUUCCCCGACUUCUCUCCUCCGGAAGCCAUCCGCACAGUCAAUGAACAACCGCAAUGACCAGAAAAGACGCAAAAUCACUUUGACCGGCAAGGCCCGCUCCGUGCCGGAGAAAACCGCCCCCAUAGAUGACCAGAUCGAUCCGGUCGAGAAACUCUUGAGUUUCUCCCACGUGGACAACGACAUUUUGCUGCUCAUGGACGACGCCGACCACGCGCCUGCACCUGCGCCGGGCCCCGCCAGCGGCGCCGCAUACCCCAACAUCUCCUGCAACUUCGACAAGAUGAUCCACGACAACAUGCGGCUGUACUACUCGAAGUUCCGCAAGUCGCAGAUGGAAAUCCACAACGACCACUCGUCGUUUUCCGUGCUCACGCGGCCGGUGCCGGAGGCGCCGAAGCCCACGGUGGACGCGGCGCAGAAGCCGCGGACGCAAGUGCCGUUUUUCCGCAACGUGAACUUCAACCCCACGCCGUCGUUUGGCCAGCACAUCGACGACUACAUACACUACGACGCGGACGAGCCGCUAACCACGGACUCGGAGCACGAGGAGCUCGAGGCGCCCAGGGGCGUGGUGGAGACGCCGAUCCCGUCGCUCUCCGGCAAAAUGUCGUUCCACUAUCGGCAGGACGACAAGCUCAAUCUAUCGUUGACCGAUGGGCGCAAGGCCGGCGAGGACGCACCGCACGACGUGUUUAAGUUUUUGAACCAGCGAUCUGUGCUUUCUGGUAAGGCCAGUGAGAUGAUCGGCACGUCGAGCUUCCUUGUGAGCGACUUUUUCUUCUGAUUCUUUCUUGGCUGCGGGAGCGCAUGGCUGUGCUCCCGUGCCUGUGUACAUUAUAUAGGUAACCUGUUAAUUUUGCUGAGAGAUGUGUGGAUGUGCUGUAGUGGGUGUGCUGUAGUGGGUGUGCUGUAGUGGGUGUGCUGUAGUGGGUGUGCUGUAGUGGGUGUGCUGUAGUGGGUGUG